UGCCGCCCGGGCCGGCAGCCGCCUCCCCUGCACGGCUUCCGCGUCACGGUGCCGAACGCCACCUGCCUUCUCCGUAUAAAGGCGCCACCGGCCUCGCCCCCAGGACUCGGCCCCAUGGAGACGCCGCGGGUCGCGGCUGGCGCUCGGCGGGGUGAGGCGCGUGGCGGGGCGGGGGGCGCGGACCCCGGGGGCGGGUGGGCGGCGCGGGGAGGGCUCCGGCCGGUCCGGAGGGGAGGGACGUGGGGCGGGUCUCUCCGAUUUCGCCGGUCCCCGGGAACCACUCUAACUUAGCCCAAGUUGGGGGGAGCCUCGGGGAGGAGGGCUGAGGUCCGGAGGGAGGCCGAGGGGCCGCGGAGCUCGGGGCCGCGACAGCCUCCGCGUCACCCGCGCCCGGCGGCCAACCAGAGUUUCCCAGCAACUUUUCUCGCCACUGGGUCGCCUCGGAAACUUCCCCCCCCCCCCCCCCCGGCCGGGGAGUCCGGCCGCGGGCCCUGCGCCUCCUCGGCCUGGGCUCCGAGCGCGGGGCGGGCGGAGGCGCUGACCUCAGCGGGGAAGCCCCCGGUACCCCCUCCCCCCCCGCCAGCGCCUUCCAACCCCGGGUUUCCAUCAGAGAGCCCCGCCCCGCAGCUGUGGGGGCGCGGCGACGUCCUCCGAGGCCUCCCAGGACUUCUGGCUCCCCAGGGUUGCCACGGGACUAGGGGCGGGGUAGGAAGUGGAGUCAGACAGCGUAAGUUCAAGUCCUUGCGCCACCAGCUAACAGCUGGAUGACCUUAAGCAAGUUCUUGAAGUCUGUGGCUCAGCUUCAUCCUGUAUAUACUGGGAAUGAUGACUUCUAGCUGGGACAGCUUUCGAGAGGGUAGGAGAGGUGACACGUGCGGCCGGCUUUGCCCGUUGCCACCAGAGCUGUGACAGGUGCUUUCCAUCGGUGUGAGCUGUGAGUGGCAGGUGGAAAGAGGUCCACUCAGGAAGCCAGCCCCACCAUGAGUCUGUGGGAACUUGACAGUCGUAGCUGCCAAGGUACUCCCAGGCCAGAUCAGGAGCCCAGCACUGAGGAGGCAUCGGCUGUGGAACUACAGAUGAAGGUUGAUUUCUUUCGGAAGCUAGGCUACUCAUCUGCUGAGAUCCACAGUGUCCUGCAGAAACUGGGGGUGCAGGCCGACACCAACACGGUGCUGGGCGAGCUGGUCAAACAUGGGUCAGCAGCCGAGCGGGAGCGCCAGGCUUCCCCGGACCCCACUGCUCAGCUCCCCCUGGUCCCCCGGGGUGGGGGCACCCCCAAGGCUCCCACCCUGGAGCCCUCGCCCCCAGAGGAGAACAAGGAGGGCAGUGACCUGAGGCCUGUGGUCAUCGAUGGGAGCAAUGUGGCCAUGAGCCACGGGAAUAAGGAGGUGUUCUCCUGCCGGGGCAUCCUCCUGGCGGUGAACUGGUUUCUGGAGCGGGGCCACACAGACAUUACGGUAUUUGUACCAUCCUGGAGGAAGGAGCAGCCUCGACCUGACGUGCCCAUCACAGACCAGCACAUCCUGCGGGAACUGGAGAAGAAGAAGAUCCUGGUGUUCACCCCGUCGCGCCGGGUGGGCGGCAAGCGCGUGGUGUGCUAUGACGACCGCUUCAUCGUGAAGCUGGCUUUUGAGUCCGACGGCGUCGUGGUCUCCAAUGACACGUACCGGGACCUCCAGGGCGAGCGGCAGGAGUGGAAGCGCUUCAUCGAGGAGCGGUUGCUCAUGUACUCCUUCGUCAAUGACAAGUUCAUGCCCCCUGAUGACCCCUUGGGCCGUCACGGGCCAAGCCUGGACAACUUCCUGCGGAAGAAGCCACUCACAGCCGAGCACCGGAAGCAGCCGUGUCCCUAUGGGAGGAAAUGCACCUAUGGGAUCAAAUGCCGGUUCUUCCACCCAGAGCGGCCCAGCCGCCCCCAGCGCUCUGUGGCUGAUGAGCUCCGUGCCAGUGCCCUCCUCUCACUCCCUAGGGCCCCGAGCAAGGAGAAGAGUGGCCGGCGGCCUUCACCUUCAUCCCAGCCCGGCUCUCUGCCGGCAGAGCAUGAGCAGGGCAGCCUAGAUGGGAAGAAGCUGGGAGCCCGGGCAUCGCCAGGGCCGCACCGAGAGGGUCUGACACAGACCUUCGCCCCAGCGGGCAGGAGCCUCCCACCUAGCGGGCGCAGCGGCAGCAGCUUUGGGCCCGCAGACUGGUUCCCACAGACGCUGGAUUCUCUCCCAUACAACUCCCAAGAGUGCCUGGACUCAGGCAUCGGCUCCCUGGAGAGCCAGAUGUCAGAACUGUGGGGGGUCCGAGGAGGAGGCCCUGGAGAACCCAGCCCGCCUCGGGGCCCUUAUGCUGGCUACGGCCCCUACGGGGCCGAGCUCCCGGCCACUCCAGCCUUCCCUACCUUUGGACGGGCCGUGGGUGCCGGCCACUUCAGUGUCCCUGCUGACUAUGCCCCGCCGCCAGCUGCCUUUCCACCCCGAGAGUAUUGGUCUGAGCCGUACCAGCUGCCCCCACCCACCCCAGUCCUGCCGGAGCGGCAGGUGCCAGGCCCAGGGGCCGACCGGGGCCCGUGGGCCGGGGCCGGGAGCCUAGCCAAGGAGCGAGCCAGUGUGUACAUCAAGCUGUGCGGGGUGUUUCCCCCGCACCUGGUGGAGGCCGUGAUGGGGCGCUUCCCUCAGCUCCUGGACCCCCAGCGGCUGGCUGCUGAGAUCCUUUCUUACCAGCCCGGGCACCCCAGCGAGUGACCCAGCCGUGCGGCUGCCAGCCCUAAGGCUGGACAGAGGGAGGAGUAAAGUAGGGAAGGGAACCCACAAACCAAAGAUACUGUAGGAUUGGUCCUGGCCCACCCGGCACCUGGAGCCGGCUGCCGAGUGGGGCAGGAACGAUCGCCCUGUUGAUGCACAUUGUAUCUGUAGUUUAAGGAGACGCCGCCUUAAAGGCGUCAGUCCGUGGCUGAAGCCCAAACCCUUCUUUCUCUCAGAGGGCGGGGAGGGAGGUGGUGGGGAGCAGAGGCCUGGGCUGGGGGCCCUGCGCACGACCCCCCACCUCCGCCCCACCCCUGGGAUGCCGGCCUCGGCUGGCUAGUUAGGCACUGUGUGCCUGCCCUCCAAGGGCCCCUCCUGUACGCCAAUGAGGCCUCAUCAGUGCUCUCGCAGGGCACCGGGCCUCAUGUUAGUAAGCAAGAUGCUUCUUAAUAACCCACCUUCUGACCCACUCUGUUCGCAGCGCCCUUGCCCCCGCGGGGGGUGGGGUGGGGGGGAGCGGGCCAAGGGCCCUCUGUCCCUACCC